CGGCCUCGCUGUCUGGGUAUCGCUCCGCGGCUGCUCACCUCCGUGGUCCCAGCCUCCACCGGCUGGGGCCGCCGCCGCCGCGGCAGGACGGGGAGGCGGGCCAUGGCGUCCUGCGUGGGGAGCCGGACGCUGAGCAAGGAUGAUGUGAACUACAAGAUGCAUUUCCGGAUGAUCAACGAGCAGCAAGUGGAGGACAUCACCAUCGACUUCUUCUACCGGCCGCACACCAUCACCCUGCUCAGCUUCACCAUCGUCAGCCUCAUGUACUUCGCCUUCACCAGGGAUGACUCUGUUCCAGAAGACAACAUCUGGAGAGGCAUCCUCUCUGUUAUUUUCUUCUUUCUUAUCAUCAGUGUGUUAGCUUUCCCCAAUGGUCCAUUUACUCGGCCUCAUCCAGCCUUAUGGCGAAUGGUUUUUGGACUCAGUGUGCUCUACUUCCUGUUCCUGGUAUUCCUGCUUUUCCUGAAUUUCGAGCAAGUUAAAUCCCUAAUGUAUUGGCUAGAUCCAAAUCUUCGAUACGCUACAAGGGAAGCAGAUAUCAUGGAGUAUGCUGUGAACUGCCAUGUUAUCACCUGGGAGAGGAUUAUCAGCCAUUUUGAUAUAUUUGCAUUUGGGCAUUUCUGGGGCUGGGCUAUGAAGGCCUUGUUGAUCCGUAGUUAUGGUCUCUGCUGGACAAUCAGUAUUACCUGGGAGCUGACUGAGCUGUUCUUCAUGCAUCUGCUGCCCAACUUUGCUGAGUGCUGGUGGGACCAAGUCAUCCUGGACAUCCUGCUGUGCAAUGGCGGCGGCAUCUGGCUGGGCAUGGUCGUGUGCCGGUUUCUGGAGAUGAGGACUUACCACUGGGCGAGCUUCAAGGACAUUCAUACCACCACCGGGAAAAUCAAAAGAGCCGUGCUGCAGUUCACGCCUGCUAGCUGGACCUACGUUAGAUGGUUUGACCCCAAAUCUUCUUUUCAGAGAGUGGCUGGAAUAUACCUUUUCAUGAUCAUCUGGCAGCUGACUGAGUUGAACACCUUCUUCUUGAAACACAUCUUUGUGUUCCAAGCCAGUCAUCCAUUAAGUUGGUGUAGAAUUCUCUUUAUUGGUGGCAUCACGGCUCCCACAGUGAGACAGUACUAUGCUUACCUCACUGACACACAGUGCAAACGCGUAGGAACACAGUGCUGGGUGUUUGGGGUCAUUGGUUUCCUGGAAGCUAUUGUUUGCAUAAAAUUUGGACAAGAUCUCUUCUCUAAGACCCAAAUACUCUAUGUUGUGCUUUGGCUUCUUUGUGUGGCUUUCACCACCUUCCUGUGUCUGUACGGCAUGGUUUGGUACGCAGAGCACUAUGGUCACCGAGAAAAGACCUACUCAGAGUGUGAAGAUGGCAGCUACAGCCCAGACAUCUCCUGGCAUCACGGGAAGGGUACAAAAGGUUCGGAAGACAGCCCACCCAAGCAUUCAGGCAACAACGAAAGCCAUUCUUCCAGAAGAAGGAAUCGACAUUCCAAGUCAAAAGUCACCAACGGAGUUGGAAAGAAGUGAAAGACCCCAGUUAAUCAAAGUUAUUCCAGAGAGUGCCUAGAACUGAGAGGGAAACAGAAUCUGCAUGGACCUCCCUGCUAGGAAGUCAGAAUGUGCAGCACAAACAGGAAGAGAAGAGGAAACUUUGGGGAGUCCUUAUUUGAGAGCGUAAGUCUUGUUUCCUGCAGACCUGGCCAUAUCAGGCAGAUCAUCGCCUGGGGUCCUUUGUCAACUUGGGAUCUCUUCUCACUUCAGCACUCGGCAUGCGGUCACCAGUAGCAGUACAGGGUGUGGAAGGAAAAGCUAGCUCUUUACUGACAGUCACCAGGAGCGGCUGUGCGCUCGUGUGUCUUGUGGAUGCAACAUAAAUGUCUUCAUUCAGACAAAGCAUUAACCGGGUGGUUAAUGGACUGGUCACCAGAUUUUCUGUUUCUGAAUCUGCCUUGCCAUUUGAUGGAUUUGUUUAAGUUUGGGCCACUUUUCUGUCCUUUAUCUUGUUACUGUUGUUGUUUUUAAGUUAGGAUACUUAAAAGCCUUCCAAAGCCACUGCUGAAGUUCCGAAAUUGGGGGAAGGUUCUCCUUCCUUCUAGAGAAAAAAGUCAGGGAGAGCUGUUGUGUUCCUGUCCCACAACCUCAGCCCCCUUUUUAAGACUUUCAACCAGUGGUGUGUGCACAGCAGCCUGAGGAAAGGUUGGCUGUCUGCAUAGGAACCUGGGCUUGAGAUCAGAAGCUCUCUUGGUCCCUUCCAAACGUCGCUUGUCCAGACUUAUCCACAGUGCACAAGAGCAAAGCUGUCAGAGAGGCAGCGAACACUGCGGCUUCUCCCCCGCCAGGUGCCUUUUACAUUUGCUUUGUUUCCUUCCGUGGCGUGUUACUGACCUUGUCUUUUAGUCCUAUGUGAGGUGCUGGUGAGUAUUACCUUUCAUCGUGCCAUGCUCUAGAACAUGUACCCUGAUAGUUCACCACCUCUGAUGGAUCACUGUUUUAAAUAAAACGAUUCACACUGAAGCCUGUCAAA